AUGACGUCGUACCUGCCUUUUACACAGUCGAAUAUGUUUCGCACGAAACGAAAAAUGUCGAGUCCUGUGGGCUCCUGGAGUCCAUUGGACAAGCAAUUGGACGUGUCAUGGACAGAGAUUGAUGGGACGUCUGGCACCAUUGGAGGAGGAAGUAGUCCUCGACAUUGGUGCGAUGCAGUCGACUACCGUGAAGUGGCAAGUUUUGUGCUCUUUGCACUUUUCAUGGUGGCCGACGUAGGCCUUGGAGUAAUGGUUUGGGUCAAUUUCUUCAAAUUUAUUGUCGAGCCUGACCAGUAUCGCUCACGUGCUACAUGGGGAGGCAUCUGGUUGCUCUUUACUGGCACUUUUUUCUACGUACGGCGCUUCGUGCGCCUUCGGGCGGACACGCACUUGCGUGGUAUGAUGGACCAUGCCGAGAUUUUUGUAGCCAUGUCACUUGCUAUGGUUUUUGCCGUCAAUAUUGCCUUCUACUUGCAUGAGCCUACCAUCACACCUCUUAAAGAUUUGGGCUUUAUGCUCAUUCCGGAGCAAGGUCUCCACUCCAAGUGGCGACCUGUGAGUGACAUCCUCACGGCUGGUGUACCCGUUAUGUUUUUGCUACAGACUUUUGCCAUGACGCGCCCCAAUCGUUGCCGUAUCGUCUCUUCAUUCUUCCGCGUCGCGACGAUCUGCUACUUUCUACGCAUGUUGACAGUAUCCGUGACGUCGCUCCCUGGUCCAGCGCCACACUGUCGCGCUGGCAGCCCGGACUACGAUCCACCUACGUCUUGGAUUGACAUCGUCACGCGUGUUGGACCUAUCUACGGCAAUUAUAAUUCGUGUGGCGACCUGAUUUUCUCGGGCCACAUGGCGUACACAAACUUGGCCGUGUUGCUGUACUUGCGGACUCUGGACCGCAACUUCACGAACCACACCAUCUCGAAAAUGCGCUGGGCGUGUGGCAUGGCGUAUCUCGUAAUUUUGGCGGUGCUGUGCAUUGCUGGACGCAAGCACUACACGGUCGACGUCGUGCUGGGAUUGCUCAUUUCGACGAUGGUGUUUUUCCACUUUGAGCAUAGCUGGACGCCUCUAUGCUGCCAGGUGCCACACGGGCUACUACCACUAGCCGACCAGCAGCUUAUUCAUGGCUUACAGUGGCGGAAACGCUUUAGUAUGGAUGUGACAGAUGAGCUAUUGAACGAGCUGAAUGAUGCUGCGGAAAAUGAGGAGUCCCGACGAUUGCUCAAGCCGAACGCGUCAAUGUAUAAUCAAGUGUAA